ACCAUUAUUACCACCACACUGUUCUUGAAAAAUAUAAAAAUUAUUAUAUAAAAAAAAAAAAAAUUUGUCAUGAGAUUGUGUUUCACACACACUGACGAGUGACGAACCUCUCUCUCCCCGAAUUUUAUUUAUUUAUUUUUUUUUUUUUAUUUUUUUUUUUAUGGAGUAAAAAGUCUUAUCGGCGGCUUUUUUUGCGAAUCUCAUUUCUAAUUUCUCGCUCUUCCUCUUUUGCUAUUCUCUCGAUUCAGUUUCUGUUUGAAAGGACCCAAUUUUCUCUCCUUUGAUCUUGAGCGUUUGUUGCUGUUCUUUUAAUUCCAGAGUUCAAAUUUUCCAUCAAUACAUGAAAUUGUGUCAAUUGAUAAAUGUCUUUUAUGGGUUUGAUCGGUUGUUCCUCAUUUUUUUUUUCCUUAGUUCGUUUCAUGGUUUAAUUGAACAUUCUGGAUUCUUUCGGCAGGGAUGAUCUACUUGAAUAUGUGGGCUUUCAAGCAAUUGAAAUGUCUUUUACAUUUAUAAUGGAUAUUGAGGUGCUAUCCUUCUUAGCUUUUUGCAUUCCAUUAUAAUUAUUAUUAUUUUAAAAAGAAAAUGGAAGAGGAUAAGGUGUUACUAUAUGUAUUUAAUAGCUAUGGUGUGUUCAGGGCCAUUUAAGGAUUGGGGAAUUGGAAAAUUUGUUUCUCUUUGGGUUGGAAGCUUAUUCUUGUAUUAUAGUGUAUUAAAAAGGUGAAUUUGCCCGAUAAAGGAGGAUGUGUUUUGUGGAUAAAGAAAAAGAUUUAGUGGUAAAAUUAAGUGAGUUGUUGAAAUUCAUUUCCUUUUAAUAUUCAAAGCUUCCUAGAAAGAAUAUGAUGUGAUUUUUCUUGUUGGAAUUUACAGUCUGGGUGAAGGGGUAAUUCAUCUGGAUUGAGUGGGGAAUUUGAGUGUGUCAAUCUAAAGAUUUUGGAAGGAUUUUUAAUAGGGAUUUCUGUUACGGAUCCAAACACAGAAAAUCAGGGUUUUGAUUGUGUUGCUGGUCUGGAGUGCAUACUGAACGUAAUCAGGGUCCUAAGAAUGGGAUCCUGCCUGUCCGGGGAUAGCAGGAGUCCCCAACCCAGUUCUCCUGUGCGGUUACAGAAGAGGAAGGGCUCGAAGAAGAGGCUUGGUUAUCAAAAUUCGUCCUUUGACUAUAAGAUUGAGGAGCAGCUACAUAGGACCCCCGGGCGUAUGUUCUUGAAUGGAUCAAGUGAAAUCGCCUCACUCUUCACCCAACGAGGCAAGAAAGGAACUAAUCAAGAUGCUAUGAUUGUUUGGGAGAAUUUUGGCUCUAGAGUGGACACAGUCUUCUGUGGUGUUUUUGAUGGCCAUGGCCCUUUUGGUCACAUGGUUGCCAAGCAGGUUAGAGAUUCUCUUCCUUUGAAGCUAAGCGCACAUUGGGAAGUUAAUAUAAAGAGUGAUGAGGUUUUUCAAGGGAUCAGUUUGAAUACCAAGGGUAGUAUGUGCUCAGAAAGUACAUCCUUCUUAUCUGCUAACGAGGAAGCUAGAGCUGCUAUAGGUUUCGAAGAAACCGGAAAGCAACCUGAGAUUUUUCAGAUAUUGAAGGAAUCUUUCCUAAAGGCUUAUAAGGUUAUGGACAGGGAACUGAAAAUGUAUGCAAAUAUUGACUGCUUCUGCAGUGGGACUACGGCAGUGACUCUGGUGAAGCAGGGUCAGGAUCUUGUGAUUGGAUACAUUGGGGACUCAAGAGCUGUAUUGGGUACAAGAGAUCAAAAUAAUUUUCUCACUGCAGUCCAGUUGACUGUGGAUCUUAAACCUAAUCUUCCAUCGGAAGCAGAGAGGAUUCACAAAUGUAAAGGACGAAUUUUUGCCCUUCAGGAUGAACCUGAGGUUGCACGAGUGUGGCUGCCAAAUUAUGACUCUCCUGGCCUUGCAAUGUCACGUGCAUUUGGAGAUUUCUGUCUCAAGGAAUUCGGUCUUGUCUCUGUUCCAGAAAUUUGCUAUAAACGUAUUACUGAUAAGGAUGAGUUUAUAGUCUUGGCAACAGAUGGGGUUUGGGAUGUGCUAUCAAACAAAGAAGUAGUUGACAUCGUGGGUUCUUCUCCCACUCGUUCAUAUGCAGCCCGCACGUUAGUAGAGUCAGCAGUUCAGGGUUGGAAGCUCAAGUAUCCAACUUCCAAGGUUGACGACUGUGCAGUGGUUUGCCUCUUUCUUGAUUCGAACUCAAAGGACUCAACUAUUUCGACAGCAAAAUCCAAGAAAAACGUUGCUGCAGAGGAUGAUUUCUACAAGAAAGAUAANGCAGAGGAUGAUUUCUACAAGAAAGAUAAUUCUCUUUAUACAAUCGGAUUUAACCGCUCUGGUACUGUUAGAACUAGUGAACAAGUUCUUGGAGAAGAGAAUGAGGCUUCAGAUGCAAAUAAGGAGGAACUCUCCGACCUUGAAGAAACAAACGUGGAGGUUGGAAAAGAGUGGACCGCUCUCGAAGGAGUCGCCCGUGUGAACACAUUAUUGACCUUGCCAAGAUAUGUGCCACCAAAAGAAGAGAAAAACGCUGCAGGAGAUAAAAAGGGUAGAAAAUGAAAGCCAAAAAAAUAUUGUUUAGAUUUAUUUUGUAGUUCCUGUUUUCCUAAAUAUGUUUUUCCUUUCUUUCUCGAAAAAUUAGUGGUCUUCGAUGUUUAUUCAGGACCAGAGAGGUGGUUAUAUUGCCUGCGAAUAAUACUCUUCAUCUCCAUUGUAGGUGGUAAUAGAAUUUUUGCAGAAUUCAACUCUCCCUUCUCUCCUUUGUUGUACAUUUUUUUUGGUCGUGUUGAUAAUAUUUCCUUUAGCUCAA